GAAAUUUUCAUGAAUAAUUCUCAUAUAAAUGAUGAUACAAGUUAUUGUUGUUUAGUGAAUAGUAGAAGAAAUUCAGAUUCAUUUUUUGCAAAUCAUGUUAUUGAUGAUUAAGUAAAAAUGUUUCUAAUUUAGGGUGAUGUAUUAAGCACUACUGGAGUUCUGUUAUAAUUAUAUAAAGGAGGAUAAAAUAUUGAAGUUAUUGCAUCAAAUUUAGAAAAAGUGAGAUUAAAUCCAAAUUGGUUAAGUUAGAAAAGAGAUGAUUUAGAAUAUUAUAUACCAUAGUUUAUCAAUUACUUGGUAUUUAGAGGCAAUAAUAAAGAAUUAAUAGAUUUCUUAAUAAAUGUAUGUUAAAAUAACUUUUUCUUUGCCCAUUUAACAUAUUUCUAAUUAAAAUCCUUAUCAUAAAUAGUAAAUAAAUAAGUAAUAUAACUAAAAGAAGUAAUGAAAUUUUUAGAUGAAUAUUAAGAUUCAAUGAAAAGGUAAUUUGGAGAUGAAUAUUUAAUAAAUGGUUAAGAAUUUGUAUCACAUAAUCCAAAUUAAGAGGUAAUUUUAAUAUAUGGAACUGCAGUUUAUGAUUAACAGACACCUAAAAUUAAUGCUAAUGAAAUAAAUAUAAAAUAAUAUGUUUCAAUGAAUUAAGAAGAUGAAGAAAUUAAAGAGAAAAAUAUUGGAUUUCUUUCAACAAUCAAUUUUUGGAAUGAUAUAAUUAGAAUAUCUGAAAGGUAAAUUUGAUAAAAAUUAGACUUUAUCGAGCUUAUCCAUAGAUAAUAUCUUUAAAGGCAGAUUUAUAAAGAAUAAAUUAGAAUCUACCAUCUUGUGUAUAUAUUCCAUUUGUAAAGGAUCAAAUUAGAAAUUACGUAAUCCUAAACAUAGUAGCAUCUGAAUGUAAGGUGUUUUCAACCAAAGAAAGAUCACCAUUUUAUAUUUGUUUGGAAAUCUAUAGACCAGAUGUUGAAAAAGAUUAAAGAAAUGAUUAUAAAUAAUCUGAAGCAAUUACUUUAUAGAAAUCUAUUCUUUAAUAGAAAAUGUCUAUAUCAGGAUCUAUACAUAUUGAUUAAGGCAAAUGUAAUUAUUUAUUAAUUAAAAAUAUUAUAAGAUCCUAAUGUCCAUAGAAUCUCUGUUCAAUAACCACUUUAAAUUAUUGAAGAAGAUAUAAUUGAUGAGACUCCAACAGUAUAAUUUUAUUCUCCUGAAAAUGAUGAGGAUGUAGAAGCAAAAACAGUUUUUUAAUCAUUCUCUAAGGAAAAUAACGACAAUUUUGUAAGUUUUGGAAGCUCAUUUGAAUAGGAAAUAUAAAGGAAAAGCGUGUUACUUGGACAAGAGGGCUAACAUUUAUUUGGAGAGUCAGCUAAAGAUUAGGAAGAAAGAAUUAGAGAUUAAUCUCUAUUUGGUAAACUUAAAUCAUGGCGAUUGGUUCAUCUUAUUGUGAAAUCUGGAGACAAUCUUAAAUAAGAGCAAUUUGCUAUGCAACUCUUAUCAACUAUAGAUUAAAUAUUUGCUAUAGAAGAUCUACCUAUGAGAUUAUCAAUUUAUGAAGUAAUUUCGUUAGGACCUAAUUAUGGAUUAAUUGAAAUGGUGAAAGAUGCUAUUACAAUUGAUGCAUUAAAACGAUAAUUAUGGAAUAGACAAUAAACAUUAAAUUAAUUCUUCGAGUAAUCAGUAUUUCUGUUCGAUUAUUAGUGAUAAUUUUAGUGAUCGUCAU